CUCCCCCGUCUCCAAUGCGAGUUUCGACACAACACUUCCUCUCUACGGCUCUGGGUUCAGCGGGGGUUCAGACAGUCGGAGGCAACCGCGACCUCAGAGCUACUUCUUGUUCUCCAGUAUUAAGGACCGCAGAAAGAGUGGAGGUUGGUUGAAAAGCAUGGAGGAUCAAGAAGCAUUCAAAUACAGUCCAAGAAGAGGUGGUGCUAGCUUUCAAUCUCUGUCAGACUUUGAGCCAGGCUUGCACCUCCACCGUCCUCCUCGAGUCCACCUGUCAGAUGAUGUACCAGUUUAUAGCUGUGAUUCAGAGCUGAGGAAAAAUGUACAUGCUUCUGGAGAUCAUGACCGGGCAAAAGAGGCUUUGCUUCCUGAAGGAGGUGGCCGAUCCAUCUCCAAACUCAAAGACAAACUUGAUUCUGGUGACAUUCUGUUGGGAGAUGAGGAUGAGGACUCAGAUGAUGAACCAGCUGUCCUCUCUCUCUCUGGUAUGUCACCUGCUGAAAGCAUCUUGGAUGAAGAGCUCCUCCUGGACCAGACCAAGGACACGAGCACAAAGACUGAAGUCUGGCGAACUGAGUGGCACAAGAACCACAUGGCAGCAAUAAGUAGUGUGAAGUUUGACAGCCUCCUGAAGAUGUCUCCGGAUUUCCAAGGCUGCAAGAGUCACAUGGCAGCAUUUGUCUUAAUAAGGGAAGUGUUGGAUACAGCAGGUUGUCCUUGUGAGCAUUAUACGGUGGUGGCAUUGGGAGCUGGCCGUUCAAGCUGCAGUAAGUGGCUUUGCUACAAUGGGACAAUGGUUCAUGACUGCCAUGCCAUCGUCAUUGCCAGACGGGCUCUUUUAAGGUUUCUGUACAAACAGCUUCUGCUGUUCUUUGACGCUGAUCCAAAUGCCAGGGAGAACUGUAUUUUCGAGAGUAGCGCAGACAGCCAUCAGCUCCAACUCAAACCCAAGAUCAACCUGCAUCUCUACACCAAUCAGUGUCCUGAAGGAGCGGCUAAGAACUUCUACUUCAAGGGCCCCGCGAGCAACAGUUGGACCGUUAUGAAGCUGCAGUAUCACACUAAGGGCCUGCUGGUCCCUGUAGCUUACCUUGACCCGAGUCUCUGGGGCGCCAGAGUCUGCUGCAUGUCUGGUAGUGACAAGUUGUGUCGCUGGACUGUGACCGGCGUUCAGGGUGCACUACUGAGCCACUUCAUUCAGCCUCUCUACAUCACCAGCAUGGUGCUAGGAGGCCAGAAGCACAUUGAUGAGGAAGUGUCUGAUAUCACCAACAAGCGACUGGGUGACGGAUGGGAGGACUUCCUGCCGCCGUCCUACAAAAAGCACAACAUCUUCCUUGUCUGUGGCAACUAUGUGGGCCCUGUUGUGACCUCCUCGCAGCACGACGACCUCAGCAUCAACUGGUGUCUCGGUGACAAGGACAUUGAAGUUCUGGAUAGUAGCAAGGGCUUCAUCGUUGAUGGCUCUCCCUCUGUGAGUGGGCCUGGCUUCUCCAGCAGACUUUGCAAGAGAGCCCUCUACAGUUAUUUCCUCCGAGUUGCACAGCUGGGUGGGCAUAGCUAUCUGCUGGAACUUCCCACCUACCACAGUGUCAAGGUUGAAGCUGCCGUCUACCAGACAGUCAAAGAAUUGGUCAAAGAACAGUUUCUGAGAAUCCAAGCGGGUCCGUGGAAUUCGAAAAAGCUUGUGGAUUUCUUUACUGCUUAAAUGUUUUUCAAGAAACCGGCCAUGUAGAAGUUUAUUCAAGUUCCUCUUGAGAUUUUGUUUACUGUUGUUCUGUGCACUGAUUACCGUUAACAGUAAUUUUAGUUUUGUUUUAUUCCUAACAUUGGUGUUUUCAGUUUGUGUAGGUGUUUGAGAAAAAUAAACCAGACCCUACUGUUGUGCACUGCUGGGAAGUCGUCAGUUUGAAUGAGUUGUGGGUGGAAACAUGUUGCUUAAAGGCUAAAGCUUAAAGGGAACAUUUUCACUGCCCUGUCAAGUUGGACUGAGCAACAUUGUCGCUCUGUUGUUCUGUAGCCAAAAGCUUGUACUAAUUAAAAACAAAGCAAGUUGUUUUGGAUAUACUGAACAAAUUUUGCAACCAGUCAUUGGUAGACAGAGGCCAUCAUGCACAGGUAGUUACUUUGUAUUUUGUCCUUCACUAUCAUAUGA